AUGUCUUUUUCCGUGGAAUAUCUUCCCAAUCGAGAGGAAGUUCUGAAAGAAAGCGAUGAGAAGUGUAGAGAACAGGCGGCAAUACUCAGCACCGUUGGCUGGUUAUUCGUAGAUCCCGAAUUCUUUCCAGAUGCCAAAUCUCUCGGAAAUAAACCUGAAGAAAAAAUAACUGAAAAGAAUAAAGAUUAUGAAAAUGUGAAUGAUCCAUGGUUUCCACCUCAUCAACUGAUGACGUCAUGGAGCAGAACCGACGGGAAUAAAUGGCAAGUUUGGGAUGAUCCGUGGCCAUUUCAUGUGUGUCAGGGAGACACUGGAGACUGUUGGUUGAUGGCUGCUCUGAUGACGAUUGCGAGGAGAAAAGAGUUAUUGGAACAGAUUAUUCCGAAACGACAUUACACUUUGAAACAUGGAAUUGUUCAAGUUAGAUUAUUUGUUGAUGGAAAAUGGCAAAUGAUAACAACUGACUUCCAUAUUCCACAACAAAAUGGAAUCGAGCGUUUCUCUCAACUAUCCGGAAAUCAGACAUGGGUUGCAUUCAUUGAGAAGGCCUUUGCCAAAUUAAAAGGGAGCUACGGAAAUUUGUGGGGUGGGCAUCCAAAAGAUGCGUAUAGGUUUCUUACAGGGGCUCAUAGUCGAUACAUCCCGUUGAAGAGAGACUUAGACAUUGAUGGGUUGUGGGAGGAGCUUGUGAAAUAUCACUCCUCUGGAUUUCUGUUAGCUGCCGCUACUCCUCUCGUUCUGGAAGAAGAAAAAUUGAGAAAAGUGUUUUAUAACUAUUACUCAGUCAACUCAAAUCACGCAUAUUCAAUCCUCGAUUUCAAGAAAUAUGGAAUGCAUCGUUUAAUCCAACUAGGAAAUACUAAUUCCGUUAGAUGGAAUGGGAAAUGGUCUGAAAUGGCAAACUAUAAUGAUGCCACUUCCAAAAAGUUCUCCGAGUUGGACAGGACACUUUCGAAUGCAAAAGUUUUUUGGAUGUCAAUCGAAGAUUUCGUCCGUUUUUUUGAUUAUAUUCAUGUUUGUGAAUAUCAAGAAGGUUGGACUGAUUAUCAAUUCAAACAAAAGAUUAGUCGAGCUUCAAGACACGAUGGUUUAAUUAUUCGUCUCAACAUUGAAAAACCUACCGAUGUGAAUAUUGAAGCACAUGUUGAGAUAGAAUCUGGAGAAAAUCAAGUAUUCCUCAACAUCCAUCGAGCAAACAAUGAAAAUCAAUGCGGGGAGCUGAUAAAAUCUGUUUACAAUCAAGAAUCCACACUAACUAUGGGGGGUCUAACGCUAGUCCCUGGUACAUAUUUUGUCGUUAUGGUAUUCUGUGAAAUUGUCCCAAAAUUGGAUGUAAAUUGGAUGAUUAAGAGUUCCUCACCGCUAUCAUACCACUUUGUGUCAUGUCCAUUCUCACUAUUCGUUGACAGCUUACAGCAGGUUAUAAUGAAAAACGGAGAAACUGAUGAGGAAGAUGAAAAUAUCACUAUUUUCCUGUUGGAUAGAGGCGGUGGUGUAUACAUAAUGGCUGAAAAUCGGAUGAAUUACGGAUAUUUUGAAAUCCAGGGCAAUUUGAAGAAUGCAGAUGCUUACAAGAGCAAAUCUAAAAACUUUUUCAAUGAACCUAUGUUUCUUGCACCAAUGACAAGACGGAUAGUCGGAAUGAUUCAAGUUAACGGCGACUUAGAUUCUCAUUUGGAUAAAUCAUACUACGAUUAUGAUUAUAACUAUUCCGUUCUGUUUCGAGUCUGGAAAUUGUACGAAUCGGUUAAAGCUGAGUCGGAAGAAAUGUACGAACCGAUAAGAGUUAAAAAGGACUUGAACCAAAGUGAAGCCUAA